AUGAUCGAUGACAUACUCGAAACCUUUGCCAGGCUCCGGAGUAUCAAUCUCAAGUUGAAUCCUAAAAAAUGUUCUUUCGGACUAGAGGAAGGUAAAUUUCUAGGAGUAUGGAUAACCCAGUCCGGGAUACAAGCUCAUCCAGACAAAAUUCAAGCUGUGGUUUCCAUGCAGCCUCCGAAAACAGUAAAAGAAAUUCAAUAUUUAAAUGGCAAGCUCAUAGCACUGCAUCGUUUCAUCUCCAAAGUUGUAGACCGCACCAUUCCCUUCAUGAAUGUUUUAAAGAAGCGUACUGGUAAGGGUCAGAUAGAAUGGACGACGGAAGCUGAUUCGGCUUUCCAAGAAUUAAAAGUUUGUCUUGGGUCUCUACCCACUCUGACUGCACUAGUAACAGGAGAAAUUGUUACCGUAUGUCUCUUCGCCUCUCAUUUCGCCAUCAGCGCGGUACUCGUGGUGCAUCAAAAUCAAGCACAAAUACCGGUCUACUACGUGAGUCGCGUCUUAAAAGAUUAUGAGACCCGGUAUUCGAUGAUCGAGAAGUGGCACUUGCUCUGGUACAUGCGUCAAGACGACUCCAAAGAGCUUAGUGCUUUUGACAUUACUUACCAAACCCGAGGUCCGGUAAAAGGCCAAGCGGUAGCAGAUUUCCUUACCGAAGUUCCCACUGGAGAGAGUGCCAAAGAGAACCCCGUUCUUGCAAAAGUCUGGAAUUUGUACACGGACGGAGCUUCUAGUAAGGAGGGGUCUGGAGCCGGUUUAAUCUUAAUAGAUCCGGAAGGGAUAGAAUACACCUACGCUCUGCGUUUUGAGUUCAAGACUUCAAACAAUGAAGUAGGGUACGAAGCACUCUUAGUCGGACUCCAAACGGCAGCCAAAGCCGGUGCAAACUCCGUCCUAGCUCAUGUUGAUUCGUUACUGGUUGCUAAUCAAGUCAAUGCAGAAUAUGAGGCACGAGAGGAGAACAUGAUUCGGUAUUUAAACCAAGUCAAUAGUUUGAUGUCCACGUUUGAUUCUUGCAAAAUAGUUCAUAUUCCGAGAAGCAAAAACAAAAAAGCUGAUGCUCUGAGUAAACUGGCAUCCGUCACGUUCUGUCACCUGUCCAAGGAGGUGCUGGUUGAAACUCUGCAAGCUCCGGCCAUCAGCCAGGCGGAAGCCGUGAUGUCGAUCGCCAUACAGGAAAAAUCAUGGAUGACACCAAUCCAAGAUUAUUUGAAAAACGGUACGCUUCCGGAGGAUAAAGCCCAGGCACGAAAGAUGAGGGUCAAAGCGCUUCAGUACCAAGUUCAUGAUGGGAAGCUUUACCGGAAGACAUUCUUGGGUCCACUCCUGAGAUGUUUAACGCCGGAAGAAGCCAGUUAUGUUAUCAGGGAAAUUCAUUGGGGAAUUUGUGGCAUACACUCCGGACCGAGGAUGGUCGUAGCCAAAGCGAUGAACGCCGGAUAUUUUUGGCUGGGUAUGCAUCAAAGCACGGUUAGUGAAUUACAAGCGUGCGAAGAUUGCCAGCGGCAUGCCCCGAUCAGUCAUCAUGCAAAAAACGACCUCGUACUUGUAACUUCGGCCUGGCCCUUCCAAAAGUGGGGAAUUGACAUCGUCAGUCCUUUUCCUGUCUCCACCGGAGGUGUAAGGUUCCUAUUGGUCGCAAUUAAUUACUUCACUAAGUGGAUCGAAGCCAAACCCCUCCGAACCAUCACUGGGGAUCAGAUACUCCGAUUCGUAUGGGAAAACAUUCUGUGCAGAUACGGAAUGCCGUUGUGCAUUAUAAGUGACAAUGGGAAGUAG